UAACAGUGGGUGGAACUGAUCUCCUCCUCCCUCCUUCCCUGUAUAGGCUGAUGCUGUAGGAGGGAGAUCAUUUCAGUCCCGGCUCCAGCCUUUAACUUGAGCAGCAGCAGCAGGAGUCGGCCAGUCGUCUCGGAAAGUGCAGACUCUGCGCCCACAUUGCGCCCGGUGCUCUUCCUCAGCCUGUUCUGCCUUUCCCAGCCCGGCUCGGGUUACACAUGUGACUGCUCAGUGUAGCGACAGCCUGGAGACCAUAUGUGACCCGUUGGUGCCCAAUAAGGAAUUCAGCCAGUUGGACAAGACCCCAAUUGCCCCCCAUGUCCCAGACGCUUCCAUAGGAGGCCAUCGGUAUCAAUAGCAGAAGAACUCCACUCUGCCCAAUAAAUAGCGCCUUCCCAUCCCCUCGGGAUGAAGCUUUGCGCCUGGCUCCCUCUCUGCGCCCUGCUGCUCGUUCUCCUCCCCAGGACUGAGUCUUGCCCGGCGCGUUGCGAUGUCUCCCGCUGCCCCAGUCCCAUCUGCCCGAGCGGCUACAUCCCCGACCGCUGUAACUGCUGCCUGAUCUGCGCGGCCGGAGAAGGAGAUCCCUGUGGCCGGGAAGGGGAACCCCCAUGUGGGGACAGUCUGCAGUGCAAACCCCCUCCUGGCAUGAGAGGAGCAAAGGGAACGUGUCAGUGCAAACACAGCAGCCCAGUGUGCGCUAAUGACGGGCAGACCUAUGAGAACCUGUGUCAGCUGAAGGCCGCCAGCAGGAGGGCCCUACAGAAAGGACACUCACCUGUGGUGCUGCUGCAGAAGGGAACCUGCCCAUCGGGUCACCAACAUCCCAACAGUCCAAGAUACAAAUUUAACUUCAUUGCUGAUGUGGUGGAAAAGAUUGCUCCCGCUGUCGUGCACAUUGAACUUUCCCUGAGGCACCCACUAUUUGGACGUAAUGUCCCCCUGUCUAGUGGAUCUGGAUUUAUCAUCUCAGACCUGGGAUUAAUUGUGACCAACGCACACGUGGUGUCCAGCAGUAACGCUGUAUCGGGCCGGCAGUACCUUAAAGUGCAACUGCACAACGGGGAUUCCUAUGAAGCCACAAUAAAAGAUAUUGACAAGAAAUCUGAUAUUGCGACAAUCAAGAUUUACCCCAAAAAAAAGCUGCCAGUUUUGCUGCUGGGCCAAUCUGCUGAUCUGAGACCUGGAGAAUUCGUUGUGGCCAUCGGAAGCCCCUUUGCCUUACAGAACACUGUUACGACAGGCAUUGUGAGCACAGCGCAGAGAGAUGGGAAAGAACUGGGGCUACGAGACUCCGACAUGGACUACGUUCAAACAGACGCCAUCAUUAACUAUGGAAAUUCUGGAGGCCCUCUGGUGAAUUUGGACGGGGAGGUGAUUGGAAUCAAUACACUCAAGGUUGCAGCAGGGAUUUCCUUUGCCAUCCCGUCGGAUCGGAUCACUAAGUUUAUGACAGAAUCACAAGACAAAAAAUACAAAGAUGGCAAAAAGCGUUUCAUUGGGAUAAAGAUGCUGACAAUUACUCCUUCAUUUGCUGAAGAAAGAAAAAUACACAAUCCUGACUUCCCGGAUGUUACCAGUGGAAUUUAUGUCCAUGAGGUGGUGCCCAAUUCACCUGCCCAGAGAGGUGGAAUUCAGGUUGGAGACAUCAUAGUGAAAGUGAAUGGGCGACCACUGGUGACAUCGAGCGACCUGCACGAAGCCGUAAUGAACGAAUCUCCUUUACUCCUGGAAGUGCGAAGGGGAAACGAUGACAUGCUGUUCAACCUAGAGCCAGAAGUUUCCAUGUAGCUUAGAAAGACUCAACUUCCAUCGAAUGGAACAAUAUCCUCAGCAAGGACAAGUUCUACAGAACAACAAGUACAGACCUAAUGACCUCAGCUCAGCCUGGUAUUAGUGUUUCAAGUUUCCAAACAUGAAGGGUGGAUCCCAGACUUGCAUAAAGCUGAAACUAUGACCAACCGAGCCAACCGGACGUUGCGCUCAACCUCUCUGCCUUCAAUAUCAGACCUUUAGACACUGAGGAUGUACCUGAAAGGCUCUUCAUCAACAUAAUAUACCUCCUUUCCAAAUAAUUCCUCCUUGUUUUGUGAAUUAAUCUGAUAGAGCCAAGUCUGUACUGUAAG